AUGUCCGACCUCCACCUCAAGGGAAUCAGCUUUGCGGUGAUCCUGAUCAUUAUCCCCCCUGAAUCAGACUUCAUCACACACCAGAGGUUCCUCUUACAAGAGAAACCCUAUGUUUACACUGAGUAUGGGCGAAGCUUUAAACAGAAGUCACUUCUCCUUAUGCACCAGAGGACACACCGGGGGGAGAAGCCUUACGUUUGUGGUGAGUGUGGCCGAGACUUUACUGAAAAAUCACACCUCCUUAUGCACUGGAGGACACACACAGGGGAGAAGCCACAUGUGUGCAAGGAGUGUGGCCGAGGCUUUAGCCAGAAGGCAAAUCUCAUCACACACCAGAGGACACACUCAGGUAAGAAACCUUAUGUGUGCCUGGAGUGUGGGCGGAGCUUUAGCCGGAAGGGUAAUCUUAUCACACACCAGAAGACACACACAGGUGAGAAACCUUACUUGUGUCUGCAGUGUGGGAGAAGCUUUAGACGUAAGUCAAGCCUCAUCACGCACCAGAGGACACACUCAAGUAAGAAGCUUUAUGUUUGCAGUGAGUGUGGCCAAGGUUUUAGCUGGGAAUCAAGCCUGCUUAUACACCAGAGGACACACUCAGGAGAGAAGUCAUAUGUGUGCAAGGAGUGUGGCCAAGGCUUUAUCCGGGAGUCGGGCAUCCUUAUUCACCAGAGAACGCACUCCAGGGAGAAGCGAUACGUAUGCAAAGAGUGUGGCCAAGGCUUUAACCAGGAAUCAAGCCUCCGUAUACACCAGAGAACACACUCAGGGGAGAAGCCAUAUGUGUGCAAAGAGUGUGGCCGAGGCUUUAUCCGGGAUUCAAGCCUCCUUAUUCACCAGAGGACACACUCAGGGGAGAAGCCAUAUGUGUGCAAAGAGUGUGGGCGAUGUUUUAACUGCAAAUCAAAUCUCAUCACACACCAGAGGACACACACAGGUGAGAAACCUUACGUGUGCCUGGAGUGUGGGCGAGGCUUUACCCAAAAGUCACACCUCCUUCAUCACCAGAGGACACACACUGGGGAGAAGCCACAUGUGUGCAAGGAGUGUGGACGAGGCUUUAGCUAUAAGUCAAAUCUCAUUACCCACCAGAAGACACACUCAGAUGAGAAACCUUACCUUUGCAAAGAGUGUGGGCGAGGCUUUAGGCAGAAGUCUGACCUCAUCAGACAUCAGAAGACACACUCAGAUGAGAAGUCUUAUGUUUGCAGUGAGUGUAGGCAAGGCUUUAGCAAGAAGUCAGACUUUAUCAGACAUCAGAGGACACAUUCAGAUGAGAAGUCUUAUGUUUGCAGUGAGUGUGGGCAAGGCUUUAGCAAGAAGUCAGACCUUAUCAGACAUCAGAAGACGCACUCAGAUGAGAAACCUUACAUGUGCCUGGAGUGUGGACGAGGUUUCAGCCAGAAGUCAAGCCUCCUUCUCCACCUGGGGACGCACUCAGGGGAGAAGCCACGUGUGUGCAAAGAGUGUGGGCAGGGCUUUAGCUAUAAGCAAAGCCUCAUUAGACAUGAGCGCACUCAUUCAGGAGAAGCCCUAUGUUUGCUGUGA